CCCGCCGCCGCUGCCGCCGCCGCCGCCGCGCGGGCCGCCUCCGUCAGCCCGCUCCCUCCCUCCCUCGCCCCGCGGCUCCCAGACAUGACAGCCAUCAUCAAGGAGAUCGUGAGCAGAAACAAAAGGAGAUACCAAGAGGAUGGAUUCGACUUGGACUUGACCUAUAUUUAUCCAAACAUCAUUGCUAUGGGGUUUCCUGCAGAAAGACUUGAAGGCGUAUACAGGAACAACAUUGAUGAUGUAGUCAGGUUUUUGGAUUCAAAGCAUAAAAAUCAUUACAAGAUAUACAAUCUAUGUGCUGAAAGACAUUAUGACGCCACCAAAUUUAAUUGUAGAGUUGCACAGUAUCCUUUUGAAGACCACAACCCGCCCCAGCUGGAGCUGAUCAAACCGUUUUGUGAGGAUCUUGACCAGUGGCUAAGUGAAGAUGACAAUCAUGUUGCAGCAAUUCACUGUAAAGCAGGAAAGGGGCGAACUGGUGUAAUGAUUUGUGCAUAUUUAUUACAUCGAGGAAAGUUUUUAAAGGCACAAGAGGCUCUAGAUUUCUAUGGGGAAGUGAGGACCAGAGACAAAAAGGGAGUAACUAUUCCCAGCCAGAGGCGCUAUGUGUACUACUACAGCCACCUCUUAAAGCAUCAUUUGGAUUACAGACCAGUGGCCCUGCUGUUUCACAAGAUGAUGUUUGAAACGAUUCCAAUGUUCAGUGGUGGAACUUGCAAUCCUCAGUUCGUGGUCUGUCAGCUGAAGGUGAAGAUCUACACGUCACCUUCAGGACCGACGAGGCGGGAAGACAAGUACAUGCACUUCGAGUUCCCCCAGCCUCUGCCGGUGUGCGGCGACAUCAAAGUGGAGUUCUUUCACAAGCAGAACAAGAUGCUCAAGAAGGACAAAAUGUUUCACUUUUGGGUAAAUACAUUCUUCAUACCAGGACCAGAGGAAAACUCAGACAAAGUAGAAAAUGGAAGUCUUUGUGGUGAUCAGGAGAUUGAUAGCUUUUGCAGUGCCGAGCGAUCAGAUAACGACAAGGAAUAUCUCAUACUCACGUUGUCCAAAAAUGAUCUUGACAAAGCGAAUAAAGACAAGGCCAACAGAUACUUUUCUCCAAACUUUAAGGUAAAGCUUUUCUUCACAAAAACCGUAGAAGAACCAUCAAACCCAGAGGCCAGCAGCUCCACGUCGGUCACCCCGGACGUUAGUGACAAUGAGCCUGACCAUUAUAGAUACUCGGACACCACUGACUCUGACCCGGAGAAUGAGCCUUUUGAUGAAGAUCAGCACACACAGAUCACAAAAGUCUGAAGAUGUUUUUUUAUCAAGAGGGAAAAAAUAUCAGAGACACUUGAAGAACCUGAAAAAGGACCUUUUUUUAAAUGGCAAUAGGACAUUGUAUCAGCUGACCAGUGGUAGGAACAGCGACCUUUCCCCGGCCGGUUUGGCCGGGGCCUCUCCAGCGGCGGCAGGCGCGCGUCGCUCGUCCCGGCCUGUGGGAAGGAGGCUGCCUCGCUAUCACCUGUAUAUACAUUUUGUGUUCAAAGGACACUUACAAUUUCAAUUAGGAAAAAUAAAGAUGGCACUUUCCCUUUUUCCAGUUUUAUACAAGUGGAGGCAGACCUGGUGUGUGAUGCGUAGGGAUGUCCCUCUGUGUUCUGUCCCCUCCCGAGCUGUCCCGGUUCACAGCCUGCCCCUUCGCACUCACGCGGUGACAGAUAGGGCUGCCAUUGGUGGCGAGGAGUUUCCCAAGGGUUUGACUCUGUUGUGAUGGCGUGGAUUGGGCUUAGGGGAGUGGAAAGAAUGCUCAGAAAGGAAUCUCUUGAUGCUGGACUCGAGACCAGGUACCAUCUCCAGCUGUUCUACAGGCACCUUUCUUUAGCAUGCUACAGUCAUUCAUCCUGGACAUUGGAGAAAUUGGCCGCUCUCACUGCUUGUUGUUUGUGCAUUUUAUUUUUUUAAGCAUAUUGGUGCUAGAAAAGGCAGCUAGAAGGAGUGAUUCUGUAUUAGGGGUACAGGAAUGAACCUUCCACAACAUCCUAGAGCCCCAUAGGUGAGGGGUCUAAGCCGAAGGGGGGUCCUAGCUAAGAAGAAACACAGCAACAAUGACUUCACCAUACAAAUGUGGAGGCUGGAGACAAAACACCACGAUGAAAACCUUGACAGUGCUCUCUGAGAUGUGCUUUCCCGCUUGUCCCCACUGUUCUCCCCCCCCCCCCCCCCCC